CACAUCGAGGCCCGCGGCCAAUCAGGGCGCGCUUGUGAUUUCCAUGGCAGCCGCAGCCGCGCGGCUGACGGGAGGUGGCGGCGGGCGAGGAGCCGGGUCCGGUGGCGGCCGCUCCGCACUGCGAUGGUGCCCGAGGGGAGCCGCGGCGGCGACGGUGGCGGCGGGGCGGCAGCAGCGGUGCCGCUGCUGCGCGGCUCCAGCCCGGCCCUGGCAGCGGCAGGCGCGGCGCCGAGGCGGCAGCAGCCCAGUGCUACAUUUGAUCUCAGAGGAGGAAGACUUGCUGUCAUACCAGCAAAAAUGCAGAUUGAUCUAGAUGAAGUAGAAGAGAUUAAAAGAAACUACAAGCUUACCAGCACUGCUUAAAAGGAAUCCAAACCUUCUUGUCUGAAGACCUUGAUUUAUUUUGGAUUAGGAUCCCCAUGGCAUUGGAACUAGAAGAUAAUCCGAAAUAAGUCUCUUAUUUUGAAGUGACAGUCUUUACCAAAAUGGUUGGAAAACUUAAGCAGAACUUGCUAUUGGCAUGUCUAGUGAUCAGUUCUGUGACAGUGUUUUAUUUGGGCCAGCACGCUAUGGAGUGUCACCACCGAAUAGAAGAACGCAGCCAGCCUCUGAGAGUGGAAAAUGUGAGAAGCACAGUGAGAACUGAUUCUAAUGUAAAUGCAAAUAAAACCUUUGCUUACAACAAAGACAUGCCUUUAAUAUUUAUUGGAGGAGUACCUCGAAGUGGCACUACUUUAAUGCGUGCCAUGCUUGAUGCCCAUCCGGAUAUUCGAUGCGGAGAGGAGACAAGGGUAAUCCCGCGAAUUCUGGCUGUUAAGCAGAUGUGGGCUAGAUCAAGCAAAGAGAAAAUCCGACUGGAUGAAGCUGGAGUCACGGAUGAGGUUCUGGACUCAGCCAUGCAAGCCUUUUUGUUGGAAAUCAUUGUGAAACAUGGAGAGCCUGCUCCAUAUUUGUGUAACAAAGAUCCUUUUGCUUUAAAAUCCUUAACUUACCUUGCCAGAAUUUUCCCCAAUGCCAAAUUUCUUCUAAUGGUGCGGGAUGGUCGUGCAUCUGUACAUUCCAUGAUAUCCAGAAAGGUCACCAUAGCUGGGUUUGACCUUAACAGCUACAGGGACUGUUUGACCAAGUGGAAUCGUGCUAUAGAAACUAUGUAUAACCAGUGUAUGGAGGUUGGUUUUGAAAGAUGUAUGCUGGUACACUAUGAACAGCUUGUAUUGCAUCCUGAAAAAUGGAUGAGAACUCUCUUAAAGUUUCUCCGUAUCCCAUGGAACCAAGCAGUGCUGCACCAUGAAGAAAUGAUUGGAAAAGCAGGGGGUGUUUCUCUUUCAAAAGUUGAAAGAUCAACUGACCAAGUAAUCAAGCCAGUCAAUGUGGAAGCACUGUCAAAGUGGGUUGGGAAGAUACCUGCUGAUGUUCUGCAAGAUAUGCCAGUGAUUGCACCUAUGUUAGCAAAGCUGGGCUAUGAUCCGUAUGCCAAUCCACCAAAUUAUGGAAAGCCAGAUCAAAAAGUUCUGGAAAACACAAGGAGGGUCUAUAAAGGUGAAUUUCAACUUCCUGACUUUCUUAAAGAAGUGCCACAGCUGAAGAAGACAGUAGAAAGGAAGUCCCGUGGCAAGAUAAAAUGAACAUGGAUCAGUAAAACUGAACCUAUGGAAUAGAAGAUACAGUGGAUAUUUCUUGCACAGAAGAAAGACUGCUGCCUUUUCAAUAGAAACGAUGCUAUUAAGAACUGUCCCACCGAGAUCAGUGAGGUGUAACUGCUCUUGGCCUGCUUUUUUCCCAGUAUUUUCGCCCCAGUUUCUUUCAUACUGUGUCUUUGUUCAAGACUUUGUUAUUGUGAAAGCAUGUAAACCUGUUUAAGAGGUGGUGGUGGGGAACCUACAUUGAUGUUAAUGUAGUACUGUAUUACAUUUACACAACUAUUUUAAGGUUUUAUAGUGCAAAGCAACACCUGUCUCUGAAAUUGCUAUUCUAUCUAAAUUCCAAACCUCAGUCUCUGGUGUUUUCUUUUCUUUUCUUUUUUUUUCUCCCCUCCUUCCUGUAACAGUUGUGUUAAAUGUAUGAAUCUUUCAACAGAGUCGUCUGUGCUUGUCCUAAAGGAUUUCUGGUGGAACAGUUGUCCGUUUUAUUGACAUGUGGAAAUUGUUAAAUAUCUUUUAUUUAAAAAAAGAGAUGUUGAUAAAUUACAUGUAUAAUUACAAUUUAAUGAUCUUUUGUAUUUUAUUUUUCAAAAUAAAUGCUUUAAAUGUGA